ACAGUAAAAUCGAGAACUUUUAUUCACUUAGCCAGCGUGGCACUUCAAUAAACAAAUCUCUCUUUAAUUGGCGCAGUGGAAGCGUGCUGGGCCCAUAACCUAUUGAGGAUCUUUAAUUAGCAAAUAAAAGACCUCAAUCGAUUUGCAGAUGAAAGAUUAUUUAUUUAUAAAAUACAGGAAAAAAAACGGAGAACUCUUAUUUAGUAAUGGUUCCUACUUAAAGGCGACUUUUCGACUGACUUACUGCUCGGUAAGGAAAACCUUUUUAUACUAUUCGACGUUGCUGAAAAUGGUCAGCUGACCCCCGAUUUUAUGGCCCGACCUGAGCCUGUGUCGAGUUCGAGAAUAUCGGAAGGCGAGAAAAUUCAAAAUAAAACCAAUCUCAAUAAUUUAUAACAGACAUUGUAACCGUAACAAUGAUAAAAAAAACGUGGGCAUCGCGGGACGGCCGAUUUGAGCGAUGCUCAAGUCAUAAUGCAUAAAUUUACAGUUUACAAUUGAUUUAGUAAUUUCAUGGUAUAAUAUUGAAAAUAAAAAUAAAAUGGUCAAUAUUAGAGAAAUGAUAUUUAUUACUAUAAAUAAAUACGGCGAGAUCGUCUUUUGUCGCGAACGUUCUCGUACGCACGAUCGACGGGAAAUUUCGCUGGAUAUCCACUUUCAAAACAUGUGAAUGGGAGACAAAUAGCGGAGAGGGGCCUGAGAAUUGGAGUCGAUAGUACGCGCCAUCAUGGUAGGCGCCGAACGCGCAAAGGAGAGCUCUAAUAUAAAAAAUGAAAGAAGGGAGAGAAGGGAAUAUGUAAUAUUGUAUUACAUAUUAUAAAUUACCAUGAUAUUACUGCAUCGAAAAAUAAUGACUUCAUGCAAAUCUAUAAUAUAAAACAUAACUUACCUUUCUUGCCGUUUUUUAUUUUUAGAUACACGCUUUGCAAAUAUGGUAUAACUCCGAUUUUUCUUAUUCCCUUUCAAAUGCAUUCUGCUUCUUGCAUUUUCACUUUCUUCUUUUCGUUCCAUAUUCACACAAUUAGCACAAUAAUGUAUAAAAAUGAAAUAGUUCAAAAGUUAAAAAAAUACAUACUAUACACAACAAAUGGAAACUCUAUUGAAAACUCUAUUGCUUUCUUGCGCGUGUUCACCGUUGUGCGGAAAACAAAAGAAAAUCAGAGAGAGCAUCAGAAAUCCAAGAUGGAAGAAAUGGAUUGUACAAUGGUGGAGAGGCAAGGAGAUGGUGAAUUGCCAAAAAAUACAGAGCACAAUCACGAACAGAUAAAUCAGGGGAGGAAUGAAAGUAGCCAAAAACCGAAGGAGGAAACAAUGAACAAGGAAUUAAUGGAGUUACUUCAAACAUAUAAAGAACAAAAUGCAGAGCUAAAGAAGGAACUGAAGCGACUGAAAUAUAGUCGAGGGGCUAGAGGAGCAGGUACUGGAAGCAGGUAGAGGAAGAG